AUGGAAAAGGUGAAGGUGGUGGUUGAGGUCGAUGACGAACGGGAACUCCAAAUCAGCAUGGGAAGGGUUAGUGAGCACGAAACCCACCACUACUAUGAUGACAGCGCCGAUGUUGGGGGAUUCAGUGACACCCACCCAUUCAAUCGAAAGUCAUCUGUCAUUAUCAUUGGCAGGGGUAUGGCUGAAAAUACAGUUGCUCGUGCUCUUCAAGAUGUCUCAUUUCAAGUGUCCUGUUGGAAUCAUGGGAUAGGAUUGGUGGUCGUGUUUGUACAGAUUACUCCUUUGAUUGUUCAAGAAUCCAUACAUGUCCCUGAAUCUGAUAUUGGAGCACCUUUUGGUAUGUUACUAGAGAAAGAGGAAUGUUCAGAUAUUACUUUCAACGUGUCUGGGAAAAGGUUUCAUGCUCACAAGCUAGUUCUGGCUGCUCGUUCUCAUGUAUUUGAAACUGGUUUGUUCCUUUAUGGAAUGGAUGGAAAUAAUCCAGAAAUAGUAAUUGCAGAUAUGGAACCCAGGGUUCUUAUGGCCUUGCUUCACUACAUCUAUAGAGAUACUCAUGAUGAAGAUGAGGAUUUCUUAGCAUUGACAUUAUCUUGCACGUAA